GUUCUCUUUAGUGUUUGCCAAUGUUGGAGGUGUAGCUGGGGUCUGGCCCUGGACUAAGAUAUAGAGCAUGGCUCAAGUGAAAGUGCAGACUGCAGCCCCCUUGCCUGGGCCUGGCCUGUCGGCGGUGGUGCCCUCCCCAGUGUCCAUGCCCAGCCCUGGAGCCCUGGGUCUGCAGCCACCCCCUUCCCUCAACGGAUCCGGACCCACCACCCCCUCGCCCGCCUGCCCUCUCCCCAGCCCCAGCCCCAGCCCCGGCCCCGGCCCCGGCCCCGCCACCCCCACUGCUGGCUUUGUGGAUUCCACUGCGUCGGCAAAUCCACCAGGUCCACCCCAGGAGAACAUGGCAAACCCCAAAGAGAAAACUCCCAUGUGUCUGGUGAAUGAGUUAGCCCGUUUCAACAGGAUCCAACCACAGUACAAACUCCUCAACGAGCGAGGACCUGCACAUGCCAAGAUCUUCACGGUGCAGCUGAGCCUGGGGGAGCAGGCGUGGGAGGCGGAGGGCACCAGCAUCAAGAAGGCGCAGCACUGCACGGCAGCCAAGGCCCUCCUGGAGAGCAGCCUGCCCCGGCCCCCACCACGCUCCCCCAAGAACAACAGCAACAACAACAGCAACCCAGAAUCUCUCCAAGGCGACCUUGUUGGGACCAGAGGCAGCAUCACCCCCACGGUGGAGCUGAACGGCCUGGCCAUGAAGAGAGGCGAGCCGGCCAUCUACCGGCCCCUCGACCCCAAGCCCAUGCCCAACUACAGAGCCAACUACAACUUCAGAGGCAUGUUCAACCAGAGGUACCACUACCCCGUGCCCAAGGUCUUCUACGUGCAGCUGUCCGUGGGCAGUAACGAGUUCAUGGGCGAAGGUCGAACCCGCCAGGCGGCACGACACAACGCAGCUAUGAAGGCCCUACAGGCGCUACGCAACGAACCCAUUCCAGAAAGACCUGCACAGUGUGCGGAGGAGAAGAGUGAAGUGGAGGAGAGCAGCAGUGACGCCAGUAAGUCGGAGAUCAGCCUGGUCUACGAGAUCGCACUCAAGAGAAACAUGCCAGUCAACUUUGAGGUCCUGAAAGAGAGCGGCCCACCCCACAUGAAGAGCUUCCUGACGUGUGUGCGCGUGGGCGAGUUCAGUGCGGAGGGCGAGGGCAACAGUAAGAAGCUGUCUAAGAAGCGGGCGGCGCUGGCCAUCCUGCAGGAGCUCAAGACACUGCCGUUCAUCCCCCCCGCCCUGGAGAAGCCCAAACUGCACUACAAGAAACGCCCCAAGACCAUACUCAAGACGGGUCCUGAGUAUGGUCAGGGUAUGAACCCCAUCAGUCGUCUGGCUCAGAUCCAGCAGGCCAAGAAGGAGAAGGAGCCGGAGUACCUGCUGCUGUCCGAGAGAGGCCUGCCGCGCCGCCGCGAGUUCAUCAUGCAGGUGAAGGUGGGCGCGGAGAUGGCCACAGGGACGGGUCCCAAUAAGAAGGUGGCCAAGAGGAACGCAGCCGAGGCCAUGCUGCUACAGCUGGGAUACAAGGCCUCUACUCCGCUCCCCACCUCCCCAGACAAGUUGGACAACAAAGGCUGGAAUGGACAAAGAGCCCCUUUCCCUGAAGCAACGAAUAACAGUCAGAAGGGCCUGCUACAUCUCUCCCCAGACGUCUACCAGGAGAUGGAGGCGAGUCGGAACAAGGGUGGCCCCUCCCCCUCCCCGUCUCCCUUCCUGGGCUACGUGGGGCCGAGCACCGGCGCCGUCGGCAUGCCUACCCGCGACGAUCACUACGGCAACGCGGGGCCGAGCAGCUCCACCACCGCUGCCAUGGCACGGGAGCUGCUGCUGAACGGCUCGUCGGGAGGGGAGGGGCUCAAGGGCAAGGCCACGCCCAAUUCCUCGUCUGGCCACGCCUCCAACAGCGCUGCUCCCUCCUGCUCGUCUGUACAGCCCGCUCAGCAGCUCGAGUACCUGGCUCGCAUACAGGGCUUUCAGGUGCAAUAUAAUGACGCGCAGACGGGCAAAGAGUACAUGACCUACCUGACACUCUCACCUGUGCAGAUGACGUUCCACGGCAUCGGGAGCUCCCUCCAAGCUAGCCACGACCAGGCUGCUCUAAGUGCCUUGAAACAGCUGUCAGAGCAGGGGCUGGACCCGGUGGAGGGACCCCUGAAGGUGGAGAACGGAUCAUGUGAAAUGUACGUACAAGCUACCGGCGAAGCUCCUGGUCGAGAGGAUGGACACUAAACAGACUAACUCAGGCACCACCACUCAGGACUGCAUGGAUACAAAAGCCGUCGUCUAGGAGACCACCUUCUACCACCCCCCCUCCCCUCCUCCCCUCCCCUCCUCCCUAUCACACUCACCUCCGCAUCCUCCACACCUCAGCAUCUCCCCUGCAUCCAUUCACAUGCAUAGCUAUACAGAUAAUUAAC